AUGAACGACAACGACUGCGGCACCGACGAUACCGACAGUCUGAAAACGACGCGAAAUCCUAACAAAACCAAGGCCCAGGAGACCUUGACCAGGUCCUGGUGGUCGUUGCCCCAACCUAUCAGACACAUCUUCGAUCGAUUCCCUCUCGUCACUUAUCCUGAGAACGAGCUCCCUCAGCGAGCUCCUCGGCAUCAGAAUGAGAACGUCUUGUACAUAUUCCAAAAGCAGGGACCGCAGAGCCGAGAUGGACCGUCGUUCAAUCCUUCAUGUCUGAAGUGGCAGGCUUACCUGAAAUUCCACGGAAUCCCCCUUCGAACUCGAACUUCCAACAAUCAUGCCUCUCCCACGGGAGCUUUACCGUUCUUGCUGCCUGCCUCCCAAGACCCUCGAAAGCCAGUGGUCCCCGUUCCUGCCAAUCGAAUAGCGCGGUGGGUGGUAUCACAGGGCGGAAAGGAGGAGGCUGUGCAGAUUCGACAAGAUGCCUACACUGCCUUGAUUGAUCAUGUCAUUCGAAGUGCAUGGUUAUACUAUUUGUACUUGGAUGAAGACAAUUUCCAGGCGGUCGCAUGGCCCCUGUAUGUUGCCACUACCUCGACCUCGUACGCCAUACGGGCCAGCCUUGCACAUCAACUUCGUCACGCCGCGCGAGAGGAGCUGUUAAAGACAAACACGGUGAUUGAUGGACAAGAAUUAUACAGGAACGCUGAAGCAGCGUUUCAGGCGUUAUCGACCCUUUUGGGAGACAACAAGUUCUUCUUUGGUCAAACUACACCUGGUCUUUUCGAUGCCAGCCUGUUCGCAUACACACAAAUAAUCCUCGAUGAAAACCUUGGGUGGAAACAGCCAACACUGAAGUUUGCACUACAGGCUCAUGGAAAUCUCGUCCGACACAGAGCCCGAUUGAUGAGUGGAUUCUUCUCCGCCUGA